UUCCGCUUCCGGAGCCGGGCGCUACGGGCCGGGCCGGCCUCGGCGGCGGGGCGCCAGAUCCAUCAAGGACAUCCUACAAAAAUUGUGUGACACUGGACUUUUAUUUUCCUCAUUGAAGGUGAGCCAUGUCUUUCCAUUCCGGGCGAGGAUGUCCCCGUGGUCAGGGGGGACCAGGAGCAAGAACUUCAACACAGACCUACCGCCCUCAGAACCUACGUCAGCUUCACCCACAACAGCCCUCUGUACAAUACCAGUAUGACCAGCAAACUGCCCCUCCAACAACCUAUUCAAACCCUCCGACCACUGGUUACAUGCCCCCCAGGCCAGACUUUGUGCCCUAUCCUCCUCCAGUGCCACCUUCCACGCAAAAUCCCAUCAGCCAGUGUCCCAUGAGGCCACCAUUUCCAAACCACCAGAUGAGGCAGAGCUUCCCUGUCCCUCCAUGCUUCCCUCCUGCACCUCCACCCGUGCCAAAUCCUAGCAAUGCUCCCGUGCCAGGAACUCCUGCUGGGCAAAGCACCUUCCCUUACAUGAUGCCUCCUCCUGCAGUACCUCAUCCUCCCCCGCCACCAGUCAUACCACAGCAAGUCAACUACCAGCCUGUGUACUCCGCGGGCUACUCACAGCAGUCGUUCCCACCACCUAACUUCAAUAGCUAUCAGCACAACUCUGGCUCCUUUCAGAGCAGCGCUACCAACAGCGGUGGCGGCAGCAGCCAUUUUCGGCACACGGGUCAGUAUCAGGGAGAAAAGUCACAAAAUGAUCGACGGUCUCCAGAGAGGAGCAAGCACUACGACGAGCACCGACAUCGUGAACACGGGCACAUCCACGGUGACAGGCAUCGGUCCACUACCCAUGGGGAUCGUCGGGAUCGAGGCCGGAGUCCGGAUAGGAGGAGGCAGGAAAGCAGUCGGCACCGGACAGAUUACGACAGAGGAAGGCUAUCGCCUCAUCACAGAAGUUACGAGCGUAGCAGGGAGCGGGAGAGGGAGAGGCAUAGGCACCGUGACAGCAGAAGAUCACCGUCGCCAGACAGAUCCUACAAAAAAGAUUACAAGAGGGCAGGAAGUCGGUCUCCAAGCAGAGAGAGAAAGAGACCCCGAUGGGAGGAGGACAGAGAAAGGUGGUCUGAGAACCAGAGCUCCAGCAAAGAGAAAAACUAUACCGCUAUCAAAGACAAAGAAUCGGAGGAGAAUGCAUCUGAAAAAAAUGAAGAGGAAGAUGAGGAAUUACUUAAGCCAGUCUGGGUUCGCUGUACUCAUUCUGAAAGCUAUUAUUCCAAUGACCCAAUGGAUCAAGUGGGGGACUCUACUGUGGUAGGAACAAGCAAGCUCCGAGAUCUGUAUGAAAAGUUUGAUGAGGAGUUAGGAAAGCGACAGGCAAAGGCCAAAGCAGCCAGGCCCCCAUGGGAGCCACCAAAGACCAAGCUGGAUGAAGAUUUAGAGAGCUCCAGUGACUCGGACUGUGACUCUGAAGAUGACAGCAGCUGCUCUAGCAGUUCGGAUUCAGAAGUUUUUGACGUCAUUGCAGAAAUUAAGCGUAAAAAAGCACACCCUGAUCGUCUCCAUGAAGAACUGUGGUACAAUGAUCCAGGACAGAUGAAUGAUGGACCUUUGUGCAAGUGCAGUGCUAAAGCACGACGAACAGGAAUAAGACAUGGCAUUUAUCCUGGUGAAGAGCCCAUUAAACCAUGUCGCCCCAUGACCAACAAUGCUGGAAGACUAUACCACUAUCGAAUUACUGUGUCGCCUCCCACAAACUUCUUAACAGACAGACCUACUGUUAUUGAGUAUGACGACCAUGAAUAUAUCUUUGAAGGGUUCUCAAUGUUUGCACAUGCCCCACUAACAAACAUUCCUCUAUGUAAAGUAAUCAGAUUUAACAUUGACUAUACAAUUCAUUUUAUUGAGGAGAUGAUGCCUGAGAAUUUUUGUGUGAGAGGUCUUGAGCUGUUCUCUUCAUAUCUAUUCAAAGAUAUUUUGGAGCUCUAUGAUUGGAAUCUUAAAGGUCCUUCACUUGAAAAUGAUUCUAUUUGCUGUCCCAGAUUUCACUUCAUGCCUCGAUUUGUGAGAUUUCUUCCAGAUGGAGGAAAAGAAGUACUCUCAAUGCAUCAGAUUCUUCUCUACUUGUUACGAUGCAAUAAAGCUCUGGUGCCUGAAGAGGAGAUCGCCAACAUGCUUCAGUGGGAAGAACUGGAAUGGCAGAAAUAUGCAGAAGAAUGCAAAGGGAUGAUUGUUACCAGCCCUGGCAUGAAACCCAGCUCGGUUCGUAUCGAUCAACUGGACCGUGAACAGUUCAAUCCUGAUGUAAUUACUUUCCCCAUUAUUGUCCACUUUGGGAUACGACCUGCUCAACUCAGUUAUGCUGGAGAUCCUCAGUACCAAAAGCUGUGGAAGAGUUACGUGAAGCUGCGUCACCUGCUGGCUAAUAGUCCCAAAGUCAAACAGGCUGAUAAACAGAAAUUAUCACAAAGAGAGGAAGCACUGCAGAAAAUUCGUCAGAAGAACACAAUGAGACGCGAAGUGACUGUUGAGUUGAGUAGCCAGGGAUUCUGGAAAACAGGGAUACGCUCUGACGUCUGCCAGCAUGCAAUGAUGCUUCCUGUCCUCACCCACCACGUCCGCUACCAUCAGUGUUUGAUGCAUUUGGACAAACUGAUAGGCUACACUUUUCGAGAUAGGUGCUUGCUGCAGCUUGCCAUGACUCAUCCAAGCCAUCACUUAAACUUUGGAAUGAACCCGGAUCAUGCUAGAAAUUCCUUAUCCAACUGUGGGAUUCGACAGCCAAAGUACGGAGAUAGAAAAGUUCACCAUAUGCACAUGAGAAAAAAAGGGAUAAACACCCUGAUAAAUAUUAUGUCCCGUUUGGGACAGGAUGAUCCAGCUCCUUCCAGGAUUAACCACAACGAGCGUUUAGAAUUUCUGGGAGAUGCUGUGGUGGAGUUCUUAACGAGUGUCCACUUGUACUACCUGUUUCCCACUCUGGAGGAAGGAGGAUUAGCUACGUACCGCACUGCCAUCGUACAGAACCAACACCUGGCCAUGUUGGCUAAGAAGCUGGAACUAGAUCGAUUUAUGCUUUAUGCUCAUGGUCCGGACCUUUGCAGGGAAUCAGAUCUCCGCCAUGCCAUGGCCAACUGCUUUGAAGCUCUAAUAGGAGCCGUUUAUCUAGAGGGGAGUCUAGAAGAAGCAAAACAAUUAUUUGGACGUUUACUCUUCAAUGACAAGGACCUGCGGGAUGUAUGGCUUAAUUAUCCACUACACCCACUCCAACUGCAGGAGUCCAAUACUGACAGGCAACUCAUUGAGACCUCUCCAGUUCUUCAAAAGCUUACAGAGUUUGAGGAGGCAAUUGGAGUCAUCUUUACCCACGUUCGGCUUCUAGCACGUGCGUUCACUCUGAGGACAGUAGGCUUUAACCAUCUGACUCUAGGCCACAACCAGAGGAUGGAAUUCCUGGGUGACUCCAUAAUGCAGUUGGUAGCCACAGAGUAUUUAUUCAUACAUUUCCCUGAUCAUCAUGAAGGGCACUUAACGCUGUUGAGAAGUUCUUUGGUGAACAACAGGACACAGGCCAAGGUGGCAGAAGAGCUGGGUAUGCAAGAAUUUGCCAUCACUAAUGACAAGACAAAAAGACCUGUAGCUCUUCGGACAAAGACUUUGGCUGAUCUCUUGGAAUCCUUUAUUGCUGCCCUGUACAUUGAUAAAGAUUUGGAAUACGUUCACACUUUCAUGAACGUAUGCUUUUUUCCACGGUUAAAGGAGUUUAUUUUAAAUCAAGAUUGGAAUGAUCCUAAAUCUCAGCUUCAACAGUGCUGCUUGACUCUCAGGACAGAAGGAAAAGAGCCAGACAUUCCUCUUUACAAGACUUUACAGACAGUGGGACCAUCUCAUGCCAGGACUUACACAGUAGCUGUUUACUUCAAAGGGGAAAGAAUAGGAUGCGGUAAAGGCCCAAGUAUUCAGCAAGCGGAAAUGGGAGCUGCAAUGGACGCACUUGAAAAAUAUAACUUUCCCCAGAUGGCCCAUCAGAAACGCUUCAUUGAACGGAAGUACAGACAAGAGUUGAAAGAAAUGAGGUGGGAAAGAGAGCAUCAAGAGAAAGAACCAGAUGAGACUGAAGAAGCAAGGAAAUAAAAGAAGGGCACAGAAGCAGUGGCAUAUUUACUUACUUAAUAACUCUGACUGCGGCCUAUGGAGACCUAACCUAGUUUCUUGCAGAUGAUGAAUGAAGAGUGCCUGUUGAUAUCAAAUAGAAAAGCAUAAUCUCUUCUUUAAAAAGUGUCUGUAUAUAUAGCAUUUCUUUAGUUUGGUUUUAAGUGUGAAGUUUGUUUGGCUUUUUAAUAAGACUUGUUUUUAAAUCCUUUUAAUUUUUAUGAAAAGUUGUGGGAUUAUUUUUAUUAUUUUUACUGUCUUGUAUGAAGUAAUAAAGUAUGAAUUUCAAAAGCCUGUAGGAGGAAAAGCUGUUUAACAGUUGUCUUCUAUGUCCAAAUGCUGUUUUGUGAGUGACCAGCAAGGUUAUUGCACGAGCGCCGCUGUGGCGGAGGAAAGUAUUAUGAGAAAGAUGUGUCCAGAUCGUGUAUUAUGAGAAAGAUAUAUGUCCAGAAGAUACCAGUGUGACCAUAAUACUUCAAAUGGUGUAUUAGAAACUCCAUACAGGUGCUGUUCCAGACAGGUUCAUUGAAAACUGGUUGUAUCCAAUGGAGGGCCAAAUUGAUCCUCAAGGUGUAGUUCAAAGCUGGCAUACAGUUGUAAGUAACCCAGUUUCCUUCAUUUUUGGUGUCUGGCUUUUAUUAGACAGACAGAUGUUUCUUCUAUAAAAGCUCUGAAUGGUACCAAAAGUGGAACAUCCUCUGUGCCUGUUGGUGGUUUUUACCACAGACUACGAACUUCAUUGUAGAUGUUGGUGCGUCGUUUGUACUUUUAAUUUGCCUGCUUCGAGCCAUUCAUUUUCGUUAUGCUGACCUCUGAGUUAAAACAGUCCCUCAGUAUUCAUUUCUCUGUCUGUCUUUUCUGAUAAGUGAAACAGGUAGAACUCUUAUUUGCCUUAACUCUGCAUUUUCUUCCUGCUUCAGAUCCUUUUUGGCAAGUUAUUUAUGCGUCUUUUCUGAUGUAAGUAACACAGAGGUAUGUGGUAAGAUACCAAGCAGUUUUGUGAGCGUGGAUGCACGAGUCUGGCCCAAAGAAUUCAUAGGGACUCCUGAAAGAAAACCCUUGCCCAUUGGCCACACUACAGUGAGCAACUAAUUCAGCGGUUGUCUGAAGCACCUUUCUGUCGGUGUGCAGUGGGCAUCCAUGAAAGCGCUUUAUUGCAGGUGCCAAAGUAAACACAAGUGUAGCCAAAAAGUUCAGACUACCCAAAUGUCUUCCUAGAGUUUCGCUUCUGAGCUUAUCAGUAUGUGUAUUUUCAUAAGCAGAUUUUUGUACACAUGCAAUGUGAGAUGCACUUACAUGUGGUGGUUUUUGGUUUUUUUUUUUUUAAAUUUGACCCCACAGCACUACCUCACUUUCUCCAGCUUCUAUGAUUGCCUUUUCUUAAUGGAUUGAUGCUUUAAAUCCAUUUCAGGGGAUGAGAAAGAAAAAAUAAAAAAAAGCCCAAACAUAUUCUGUAAUUUAGAGACUGAUAAUAAACCAUUAAAACAUAAAGGAGGGGAUAAAAACGACACGAUAAAGGCAAGGAGCUGCUCUCUGGUGGAUGCUGCUGUUCUCUGACUUUUGAGACGUGAUUGUAACUCCUUAUAGCUUCAGUCUGUAAAUAGAAAGCUGAGGUGCCUCUGAACAGCAGCAGGCUUGAAAAGCAAGCAACAACAACUCCCCUACCCCCCAGGUCUUUUGUAUUUCAGUCUUUUGUAGAAUUGCCCAUCUGCUUCUAGCAGUAAGUUGAAAUGCUGCGUUGUAGAGGGUUAAGGGUAAUUGUGUACACGAUUAUUUUAUUUUUCCUUAGUAACUGGGACCAGAUUGACGUGUUUAACAAGUAGAACGUGCAGUGACUUCAUUUUCAGGUGUACGGUUGCUUUGCAAAUUUCUUUCAUCGUAUCUGAUAUCACCAGCGUACUCCAGUGGAAUUGUUAGCUCGUCGUUUAACAUGACUUUCAUUCUUUGUACACAUCAUUUCACUUUUCAUCUCUAAGACGACUGUGAGCUUCUUCAUAAACAUUUGCAUAAAAAUAGAUUGAAUUUAUCAGAUAUGCUGUCGGGGGGGAGGAACCCAGAACUGUUCUUUUUUCUUCUCUGACCCAGAAAUUGCUUGAAAACAAACUUUAACACGAUUUCUGCAUUCCGUUCCUACAGUUAACAAAUUUUAGGUCUUUCUCAAUAAAAUGUAGAUGGUAACCAUUUUUUCAUGAGUGGGCUGUUUUCCCUUUUUUCACUGUAUAAGCACGGGCUAGGAAGACUGCCUGAGGAAAUUCUGUUUUUCUUGUCUUGAGGGCAGAAAACAAGGUAAAUAAAUUCAUGUUUCCUUUGUCUGUGUCAAAAACGCGGUGUCUUUUUGUGUGCGUGCUGUCUAAAAACAGCGGCUGUGAAUGUUUCUGAUAAUUUAAGGAGAUGCGUAGACUGUGUAAUGUGAGCACAGUCUUUUGUAACACACACUAAGGAGGGAAAGUUGUUUCUUUAAGUUGCGUUAAAUUUGAGAAAAAUUAUUACUGAGCUCAUGUUACUCAGUGGAACAGCUGUAGCCUGUAACUAGGCAACUUUGGCUGCUUUUUUUGGAAAUGUGAAGGAGUCUCUUGCUUAUUGGUAAAGUAAUGUCCUUUUUUGAUUGCUCCAGAGCUUGAUCUGUUCUGAUCUAGAGGUUCUCAUGCGAGAUCUCUUGACAUGAUUUGAGUACAAGUAGAUGAACAAAGAACAAGACUGAGAUCUGCGUGGAUCCAGCAGAUCCCAUGAAAGCACAUCUUUCUUUUAUUUUUUUCUUUUUUAAAGUGCGUAUGUACAGAGCAUUGAAUAGAACUGUAGCUCAUUUGAUUAGGAAUUUUAAUUGAAUUUACAUAAAAUUCAUCAUUGUUAUUUGCCAAGCCUAAGUUUGCUUUGUAAGGUUUCAGUUCCUAUGGGAUUAGUUGACAGCGCUACUAAGAGAGCCUUGGUCGCUAA